UUGACACGGGCUCGCUCCGCUCGCCGCAGAAGUUGGCCCCGUCGUCGCCGUGGAGCUGAACAACCCCUCGUCGGCCGCCAGCGCCGUCGCCCCGCCGCCGCCGCCGACCGUUCUGCACUCUCAGUCCCCGACGCCCUCCGCCUCCGCCGCCCCCGAGGGCUCCAACCCGCUCUGGUGGCCUCCGCCCGCCAGGUACAGCAGCAUCUUCAUCCCUCUGCCCACCACUCAAGGCGCCAAGAUCGCAGGCACACAGCAACGCAAUAUGUUCUGCUACCACUGUCCACCCUCACUGCACCCGAGUUCGGCGCCUCGGCUGCCCACCCUGGAGUACCCUUUCACGCCGACGCACCCUUACACGAGCUACUCGUACCACCCGGCCAUCCACGAGGACACCUUUGUCAGGCGAAAGCAACGUCGCAACAGGACCACAUUUACGCUGCAGCAGUUGGAGGAAUUAGAGAACGCGUUCGCUCAAACGCACUACCCGGACGUGUUUACCAGGGAGGAUUUGGCCAUGAAAAUCAAUUUGACCGAGGCCAGGGUGCAGGUUUGGUUCCAGAACAGACGUGCAAAGUGGCGCAAAGCUGAAAGGUUGAAGGAGGAGCAACGAAAGAGAGACGAUCAAGACAAGACGAAGCCCAGCAUAAUUUCUGACAAGUCGAUCAGUGAUAAGACAGAGGAUAUAGGUUCUGGUGCGAGCAGCCGCAGCGCCAACAGCAGCCCUGCAAUUAUGACAAACAAUGCCGAAGACGCCAGGAGACCAGGUUCUGCGUCCGAACACGAAAUUGAUGACGAGGACGAUGGCAGUCACGGCGCAGAAGUCGGCUCCAGGGCAGCAGCCUCGCCCUCAUACAGCCACAGUUCUGCCCGCAGCUCUCCUCACCCACCGCAGACGAUCGUAGCCAGCGGACGCCCCUCGUCGCCCACUUCGGAGGCCGCAGCCGCCGCCGCUGGCAGCGCCGUCUCCCUCAGGGGCCCCCUGUCCAACAUUUCACCCUUCGGAUCUCAUUUGUUCCCCAGCUUUACGUCCACAGACAGCAGCAGUUUCCGGCCGCUCGUGGACGGCGGUGCGUCAGGGACCAAUCGAUCUUCGGCCAAUCCGCCGCCACCUCUGUUCUUUCCACCGCAUCUCACUUCCCAGUUUGCGCCACCCUUGUUUCCGGGCCUCAAAGCAGCUUUUCCGGGCCUGUGCUCGUGCUGUCCGUCGAUGAAGCCGUCGGGGCUGCACCACCACGGCUCGGGCCUGAUGAGCUCGCUGGCCGCGGCGGCCGCGGCCGCCCAGGAGCAGGAGCAGCGUUCGUCAAGCGUGGCCGAGCUGCGGCGCAAGGCGCAGGAACACUCGGCCGCGCUGCUGCACAGCCUGCACCACGUGGCCAGCAUCAGGGCCCAGCAGCAACACACGCACAACGCGGUGGCCGCGGCGGCCGUCGCCUCGCUCCACUCGGCCCUCCAGCAGCAGCAGCCCAUCAAUCUGCACCAGGCCAUGCGCAAGUCGCCGCCCCACUCGCCGCCCACCGACCCCAGAGCCGCCGCCGACUCCUCCAGCAGACCCGCAUCACCCUCGCCCUGAACCGGUUUGCUUUUUUGCCAAUUUUGCCAACUUCACUAAAAGUUAAACAACAUUUUUUAUUUUAUUUUAUGAGCAAGUUUUUGAUGAGCUGCGAUAUAAAAAUCAAUUUGAUUCAGGAGAGAUCUCAGCAAUUCGGUUUUAAAAACAUGGUUAAAAAAAGUUAUCAACUCUUUUUGCAAAAUAUGUUGAAAUACUAAUUAUAUACAUGCUCGAAGUGAAUGAAUAAAUUAAUGUUCAUUAAUUAUUGCCCGUUCAAACUGCCAUGCAUUGGGUGGAAAAAUAAUGCAAAAAGAAAAUGAAUUUUUUUAAGAAGCAUUCUUAAAGGCUCAUCUAUGUAGUGAUUUAUUGGUUUCCAGACUGGCAAAUUAAUAUUUGCAAAAUCUCAAUUGGAUACUUCUCCUUUUUGAAUAAAUUUUCCUUUUUACAAUAAAUAUAUUAGUCUCCUCAAUUUAGACGAUCAAUUUGAAUCAAAGUUAUAAAUAGCUGUAAGCUAAGCAAUGGCCAUUUCCAAAAAUACACAAUUCAAUACCAAUUGCGCUAGUUCAAAUAUUCCAGAUUUUAGUCAAAAUAUUGAGCAAAGUCUAGAUUUUUAUUAACAAAAAUAAUAAAUUCCGAGAUGUAAAUAAAUGAAAGCACACACCUCUAGAAUUUAAUCAAUAGCGAAGACUAAGGACGCAUUUAAUCUAUUCUAAUCAAACUCACAAACCUCUCGGUUGUUACUACUUGUUACGAAUAAUUAAUUGAUAGUCUCUUUGUUCAGAAGCACUACCGCAGUAAACUUCGCAUAGGUUCAAGAGAGACGCCACUUGAUUUCGGUGUUAGAUGCGUAUACGAGAAAUGAAUAGUGUGUAAGAAUCCAAUCAUGUAUCAUAAUACGGUUAUUAGCGUACAAUAUUUACUUAUGAGCAAAAUUGUUGUUAAUUAAUUAAAAAAAAAAUAUGAUAAAACUGCAAUCUCCGCAAUGAACUUAUUAAGUGUACCAAAAAUGUUUGUUAAAGAAACCCUGGUGUAAAAAUUCUACUCCGUCACUUACAAAAGAAAUCGAUGUUGUGUGUAAUUAUGCAUUAUUGGCAUCUUACUCUAAUAAAUUAUUGACA